UGCAAACUUCGAGAGUUCGCAUCGUCCACAAAGGUGGAAGGAACACCGAAGCCCUCCCCUGCACCCUACUCCCUACCCACCUCGCCGGAGGAGAACCGAAGCCGCCGCUGCCGCCGCCCGCCCCCGUGAAAUGGACACGGUGGGCGCCCGGCUGAGCCGCUCCUCCACGCGCUAUGGCCCCGUCGGCAGCAGCAACGCCUCCUUCAGUGGGCCCGUCAGGAAGUGGCGCAAGGCGUGGGCCCCUCUCGCCGGCGGCGGCGCGGGGUCCGCCUCCGCCGGUAUGGGUCCCAUUGGGUGCCCAAGGGGUAACAAGGUGGUGCUGCUCAAGUGGGCACCGGUGAGCGGUGCCGGCGACGGUAACGGCAAGGAGGUCGCCGCGGCGGCCACCAGACGGCGAUACGUUCCGGUUUCGGGUGUGCCACAGAACCCUACCAGAAAAGGCGGCAGCACCGAGCUGAACUUGAACCUUGGUUUGGAGGACCCGGAUGAUGACAGCGACGCUGAUUUGAGCCCAGACGAACAGCGUGACAUGGGCAGCACCCCGCGUUCGGAGAACCGACUGAAGAGGAAAGUGUUUUAACCGUCGACCUCGGAUACUAGUAGAACCUAAGCAGCAGCAGCUCCAUGUUCCACAUGAGUUAUGCACCAUCUUUGCGAUGCGAGGUCCCUGGAGUAGCCUUAUAAUUAUUAGUAUGUAGCUUGUAUCUGCUGUGCUUCCGUGUUUCAGUAGAUGAAUUGAUGUUGUUUCAUGCCAAUUGGGAGGCUUAUUGCCUUGUUAUUGUUGUAUUAAUGUCAUGAACUUGUGAGGAAACUGGUAGUGUACUGUGUACCAGCACGUUGUUCUAUGGAAUCCUUUUCAGUCGUGA